GCAAGACAGCCAGGGUUGGGUUUAGACCAGUCCUGCUUUACGCCUGGGACUAGCAAAGGAUGGGCCUGCUGCCCCAGAAGAACAAGGCCCUUGGCAAAGAGAUGCCCUAAGGGGCUUGUAUUGCCAAGAAGGAACUGGACAGGGGUAGCUUUAGGGUAGACAAACUCUUCAAACUUUUCUACGACUUUUUCUUCCUUCUUGCAGGCCCUCUAGCACUUUAUUAGAGCUUAGUAGGAAGGUCACUGUUCUCUUAAAAUCUUUAAGGGAAGCUGCUAAUACUUCCUCUUUACUCUGUUUACUAAGUAGCCUUCAUUGGGUUAGAGAGUCCCUUUCUAUCCCUCUUUCAAAAUAUCUUUUAAAACCAUCAGUAGAUGCUGAACUCUGUCAUAUUCUGCGUCUGCUGAAAUGCACCGCUGAAUGGUGGUGUCCUUCCUCCUGUCUGUAUGGUGAACAUCAGUUUUCUGAUCUUGAACAAUCCCUGGAAUAAACUCUGGUUGGUUUCCAAGUACCUUUCAGUGUACCCCUUGGGAUGUGGCUAGUAAAUACUUUAUUUAGGAUUUUAGCAUCCAAGUUCAUAAUUGAAAUCAGCCAAAUAAAGGCAGAUUUUAAAAGGACAAGUUUACCUACAGUCUCACCAAACAAUGAAACAGCUUGUCCUCCUGUUUCAGUUAAAGAUCUUGUCCGUCUUCUUUAUAAUCAUAGUUAUUUUAGUAUAAAUGCUAAAUCAUAUUUUUUUCCACUAGACAUCAUCUAUGCAUGCCAUGUAAUAGAUUAUUUUAAUAAUCACAAUUGUUUCCCUUUUGUGUGAUUACUGUACUGUAACCACUUCAAUGAACCAUUUAAUACACACUGGUUUUUAAAAAUUGUUUUUCUUCCCGGCAUGAAUUUUGAGGAGUGGGAUAACGGGAUCAAUACAUAUGAACAUAUUAAUGGAUUCUGAUAUAUAUUUCCAAGCCUUUUCCACAAGAGAGAUUGAUCGGUAUUCAAGCGCUAAUAAUCCUUUAUUGAUUCGAUUGUGGCUCUUCCGUAACAUUCCUUCAAAGGGCUACUGAGCGGGCGCCCCCUGCCGCCCAUUGUGACGCCGGCCGCAAACCGGGUCCCGCGGCGGGAGGCCGUGGGCAGAGCCCCGGGAGCCGGCGCUGAGAUGCAGGAGCUGCUCCUGCAGCUGCGGAAGGACAACCGCGACGGGCGCCUGAGGAAGCAGGAGCUGGAGGAGCUGGUGCGCGGGCUUGAGGCCGAGAGCGAGAGCCUCACUGGGCGCCUGCAGGACCUGCGCGAGCGCGAGCGCAGCCUGCAGGGCAGGCGAAGCCAGACGGCGCGGACCCUGCGACGGGAGGCACGCGAGGCGGCGCGGGAGGACGCGGAGCAGGCGCGCGGACUACUGGAGGCGGCCGAGCGGCGCCAGAGCGACCUGGAGCAGCAGAACCUGCAGCUGCAGGAGCAGUGGGAAGAGCUGUCCAGUCAGCUCUUCUAUUACGGAGCGGACCAGCUGAGACAGCAGCGCGCGGAGCGGCACCUUGGGACCCAACUGAUGGCUUUGCAGAAACAGCUGGAGCUGGUGGAGGCCAAGCACGCCAGGCAGGCGGAGAGCCUGCGGCAGGGCGCGCAGCGGACGGAGGAGGCCUGGGCCAGCUUCCAGGAGCAGAGCGGAGUCCUGCAGGAGCUGCAGGGGAAGGUGAUGGAGGCGGCGGCUGCGCUGGACACGGCGCGCGACGGCCCGGAGCGAUGCGACUCACAGCCUCGCCGGGUGCAGGACUGCUCGCUCAUGGAGGAGGUGGCCAAGGCCGACUGUGAGAAGCGGCUGUUCGGGGGCGCGGGCUCGGCAGGCAGCAGGCUGUGGGCGCUGGGGCUGCUGCUGCUCGCGCUUGGCUUCCUGGCGCUGCCGCUGGUCCUCCCGGUGGCCGUGAAACCCGCCGCCCUCCGCCGCGCGCUCCCGCGCCUACGCUCGCACGCCGCCCUCCGCCGCCUGCGCUACACGCUGUCUCCGCUGCUCGAGCUGCGCGCGCGCGGGCCGCUGCCCACCUAGAGCUCAUCACACCGGCCGCGGCCGCCCGCACCUCAGUGUCCCGUGUGGUUUCUGGGCGCCUGCAGGGGGGCGUCCGGGGAGGGUGUGGGUUCGUGUGACCCUGGCGAUUGGUUUCUGGGCGCCUGCAGGGGGACGUCCGGGGAGGGUGUGGGUUCGUGUGACCCUGGUGGCAGAGCUGCGGGCCCUGGCACCGCGGGCUCGGCGGGGGCGGGACCUUCCAGGCGGACCCUGCGCUUCGAGAGGCUGCCCCGGGGCGCCCCGCGGCCGAGCUGACGACCCGGGCCCGCGCCUGGAGCGAGCCCCUCUCCCGCAGCCCCGGCCUCUGCACGAGGGCCACCUCGGAAGGUGGUCAGCAUCUUGUUGAACUUACCUUCCCCUACUAGCGAGCCUGAGUCGGGGGCAGCCGGGGGCAGCGGGGAGCUGGCGGGUCACGUCUCCUCCGCGGCUCCCUUGGCCCGCUGCGUGGGCUCAGCCCCAGGCGCAGUGCGUCCCAGCACUGCUGGCAGCGCGCGCACCACUGCAGUCUUCGUGGGAAAUCCUCUUUUUUAUGUGAAAUGUUCUGCUUUGUGGAAAUAAACACUUCAAGUUUCAUUUUGUCUGA